AUGUGGUCCGAGCGCCUCACCCCCAUGGCGCACCCACAUGAUAGGCAAGCAGCUUUCACAAACAUCUCCAACAACAAACCAGACAAGGCCGGAAAGAAGGGUGCGAAUUCUGCAAGGAGGAUGGCAAUUAUGGCGCAUCCCAAGUUGGAGGAUGUGAAGGCCACAGCAGUCGACGAUGCUGAUGACUGCACGCAUGCGACCGUGACAUCUGAUGCAAAGGACGUGGAUUCUCCAACACAAGAACAAUUUCGCAAUGGCACCCUCGAUCUCGAGAGCAUGGUUGUCAUGCCUAUGUCGCCGGCCGAGUUCGAUCUGCUAGUGGAGUACCUCUACAAGCCAGAGCAGCGUGAAGAUAUCCCGGGCUACAUUAUCAAGUCAACCUCCAACAGCAGUGGUGGACGGGGUGCCGCCCAAGCAACUCAUGUAUGCUACAGCAACAUGGGCCAAGCAGAUGGUGACAAGCUUAGAUCCUAUGUUCAGCAGCAGAUUGUUCUUUGGGAUUACCAGCUUGCAUUGUGUCAACUUGCUUUCACCAUGUCGGAGUCAAAGCUCCACUCAGAGCUCAAGCGAAGCUUACCUCAACUCCUCCUCGACACUGCCAAGCAAACGGCCACCCGCCUUGGCCGAACGGAACACAACGCAAUUCUUGCAAACCUCGAAGUCGAAAAAGAACAGAGACUGCCAAUCAACAUACCUAGUUCCUCCGACAGCGACUACUCUCCGGACGACUUGGGCAUGGUGGACACAGUGCCGUCAGAGUCUGAUGUGGACGGUGAGCACACGGCCAAGGUGAUGACACGGUCGCGUCGAUCAGAAAAUCCCCGGGUCGCCACUCAACCUCCGUUGGAAGAGAGUGACCAGGAAAGCGACCAGGAAUUCGAUUCACGGAUCAAGACCGUCGACGGUGUCAUCAGGCACAUCAAAAACAUGUCGCUCCCAUACAUGGUCUUUGAAAUUGAGUUCUCCAACCGAACGCCAGCUGAGGAAAUUGAGAGAAUCAUGCUUCAUUAUGAGGGUGCGAUACGAUGCGCAGUCUGCCUGACCGUCGAAUAUCGCACUCCGAAGGUCCGUCUCGUCAACCAUGAUGGCCAGUUCGGUGUCAAGCUCAAUGUAUGGCGUUACGUUCAAGUUGAGGGCGACGGGAAGCAGCAGCAAGGUCUAGUGCAUGUCAUCCGCGACAUGGUCCUUCGAAACAGUCUCCUCAAUCCUCCGACUGAAGACCGCGCCGCCGCGAAUGACGGCGCAAGCAACAACGACGACACGGCGGUCAACACCAUCGAAUUCUUCCUCAGCGACUUCCAUCCCGACCUACCCACCGCUGUGCCCGUGAGCGUCUCGAAGCAAGCUAUCCUUGACUUGGUCGAUCGAACGGCGGACAUGCAGCGCAAGGAAGACGACCGCCUUGAAGCGAUCAAGAGUUUCCGACCGAAGAGACAGCGCACUGGUUGA